AUGCAAGGUCGUACAGCAUUCUGCUGUGCGUUAUUUUAUGGAGUGGAUAAAGUUGUAGUAAGCGUUUCAUUUGUCUUGCAGUUAACCUUCUUCAGCAGUCUGAAAAAAAUGAGAGUAAUAAAUGAGAAGCUGAUGAAUGAAUUAUCAAGUCAACCAAAUGAUACAGAUAUGGUGCUGAACAAUGAUGCAGAGAUAAUUGCACUGGAAUUUGGAGAAAUUUUCAAAACUCUGGAAAUGAAAAAAUGGCAAUUGCUAGAAGAUGUUGAAAAUCAAAGAACAAAAAAGGAGAAAGAAUUUCAGAUUUGGAAGAAAAUGAAGGAAGCUCACAAGAAGACCAUUGAGAAUUUUUUGAAGGACUGCGAUAAGCUUGUCCAUGAGUGUGAUCCUCAGCGUUUCCUGGAGGUGGCCUGUGGCUUGAAUACAAGAAUGAAGACUCAACUUGACCUGAUGAAUAUAGCAUCCAGCUAUGAAAAACCACCAGAGUAUACUCAGAAGAAGAUGGAUAUCAAACCCGUAGUUAAUGAAAUCUUGGCUUUGAAGUUAAUGCCUGUUAAUGUAGGCAUUGUUAAAGAUCUACCUUCUGGAGGAACUGAGAACUCAACAAAAAAUACUCUGUUUAAAACUAACAUGAAGCAGUGGCGGGACCAGAAGAAUAUAACCAACACAUUUCUUCCUGUAGCAGGGCAGGAGGAAGCCCUGUCAGACGGCAGCAGGAUCUGUACUCGCUUAAUGUCGAUAUCAGAAAUGUCAGCGUUUCAAAACAUGAGUCACGAGGAGUUACGUUAUAAAUACUACAUGGAAUGUCGGAAGCUCACCAGUGAUUUCAAGACACAAACUUUACCUGCGAAUAAAAAGUAUAAAUUUGUAACUGCAGAGGCUUUGCAGGAUAGGUCCUCAGGAACUGAUUCUGUAUCUUCACCUACCAAAGCAAGUAACAGAGACACAAUGAAAAUGGGAACCCUGCAAAAAACAGAUGGCUUUGAUGGGAGAAGCUUUUCUGGAGCCAGUCAUCGCAGCAUCCCAUCCACAAGUAUUAACUUUACUGAAACAAAUGGUGACUUAAAAUUACUUCAAGAGAGAAGUUCCCAGGAAGUAACCACUCCAGCCUUAACAGAAAACUCUAAAGACUUAGUAAUGAAAGAGAAAUUACCCAUUCAGGCAUCAUCAGUUACUGUUUCCAAUGCCAUAGAUACAAAUUCUGGCAUUUCAUCUGGCUUAAAAACAGCAGCACCAGAAGCUAUUAAUGUUACAAAUUCAGAGUUUCUAGAUGUUUCUGCAGACAGACUUUCUGCUUCACCUUUUGCUUUCAGUGCAUAUAAUAACUCAUUACCCAGAUUUAGUAAAGGUGGAUGUACAUCUUCCUUUAAAAAGAAAGAAAGGAAAUACGUUUUCCCUCAGUUUUAUCUAGGAAAAUGUGAUCAUGCAGGUAAAACUGAUAGCCAGGAUGAAAGCAAAUUCAGAAAGCACGGUCCUAUAGCCAAAGCCACAGUCUCUGAUGCUUCAACCAGUCCUAAUUUAGACUCAGCAGAACAAGAUAAGCCUGAUCUUUCAUUUCCCAUUGGCAAUUCAGAAAGAGAUUGUUUUGCAGAAUGUGGAGUCAGCAAUUCAUUUAAGGUUUUUCCGUUUUCCUCAGUUUUUAGCCGAUCUGAGAAGCCAUCUGACAAAAAUGCAUCAUCUCAUGUGAGAGAGAGAACACUUUCUUCAAAGGAAACCACAGAACAUGAUACACAGAAACCAUCUGCCUCAUGGGAAAAAAAAGCUAAUGUGUCAGAAUCCACCACAAAUGCAGCUUGCAGUACUUCAGAAACCAACACUGCAGCUGGGAUGAAUGAUGUUUCCGAGUCCCCUCUUCUCCACAGCAACUGUGUAUUUUCCUUCAGCAAUAACUGUUUUCAGUUGCCUUCACCAGUAUUUACAUUUGGAAGUGUCAUCAGGAAUACCUCUGAUUCACUGACUUCCUGUGGGGUUUUGUCUGGAAAUGGUACUGAACAAACAGAAAAAGAGAAGAUGAAAUCUGGCAAAACGCUAAGUCCAGAGAAGCCUCUAUCUGCAAAGUGUGCAGACCCCAGUUCUAGGCAGAGUCAUCCAAAAUGUGAAGGUUCUUUCUUUCCUAUGAGCUCAUCAAAGAAAACUGAAAGUGCAGAAGUGGUUGUUGAUUGUAAUUCUUCUUGUAGUCAGACUUUGUGUUCAGUUGUUCUUCCUGCUAAACACAAGAAUGCAUCUUCCACUUCACUUACUACAGCAACAAAACAAGAAACAAAAUUAACAGGUGAAGAAAGUGUUGCUGAGAGCAACUGUUCCUGUCCUGGGAGGGAAAAUGAAACUGACUCUGUACAGCUUCAGAAUGCAGCUUGUUCUGUUCCUGGCACAUUCAAUGAUCCAUCAUUAGGAGGUUCUGGGCUUAUAGUAAAUGAGGCAGGAGGAAUGCCAAGUGACAGCGAUUCUGACACUGAAGAUCUAAGUCAGACAUCUGUCUCUACUGACACCAGCAGUGCUUCAGAGUAUUUUUCUGUUGCUGAAGACAAAAUAGCUACUAGAAGAAAAUCAGAGACAUGA